GAUGAGUGGCCAUGGCUCAUCCUCUGAAAAGGGAGUUAAUACUAGUUUAAUAUGUCAAGAAAGUUACUCAUGUGGUGGUUCUGAAGAGGCUGCUUUUGAGUGUGAUGACUGCAAAAGCCUACAGUGUGUUCGAUGUGAGCUAGAGCUUCACAGUCAGGAGAAUUUUAUGAGCCACGAGCGCGUCCCAAUAGGUCCUGGGCAUGUUCCCUACUGUGAUAACUGUAAAGGAGGUAAUGGAGACAAUGGCAAGCAUUACAGGUCUGUUGUUCGCUGCCAGAAUUGCAAAGUCAAUUUGUGCCAACACUGUCAGAAACGCACCCACAGUGGGAGCAGCAAGAAGAAACACCAGCUCAUACCAUAUCCUCCAUCACACAAACCUGCAGAAGUCAACUCUGUCAAGAAAUCUGUCGAGCACAUUGUUCAAAUAAUUGACGAGACAGAGUUUCACAGAACCAAACUUCUGGAGAGGGUAGCCAGCUUUCUGCUUGUUGACGAGAAUGAGGAAAUGCAGAUUAAAGAUGAAACUUCAUUUGUGAAGUGUCUCUGCUGCGACCCUGACCAGCUGCUCAAGGUGGUAUCCAUCUUUGGUAACACAGGAGAGGGCAAAUCUCACACCUUGAACCACACAUUCUUCAUGGGUCGAGAAGUCUUCAAGACUUCUCCCACACAGGAGUCGUGCACAGUGGGUGUGUGGGCAGCAUUUGACCCCAUCCAUAAAAUUCUAGUCAUUGACACAGAGGGACUUCUCGGGAACAGCUCCAAACAGGGUCAGAGGACCCGUCUCUUACUCAAGGUGCUCGCCAUCUCUGACCUCAUCAUUUAUCGCACCCACGCUGAUCGUCUCCAUGACGAUCUUUUCAAGUUUCUUGGUGAUGCUUCAGAUGCUUAUCUGAAGCAUUUCACCAAGGAGCUCAAAGCCACCACAGCCCGCUGUGGCCUGGACGUCCCACUGUCUACCUUGGGUCCUGCAGUAGUCAUCUUCCAUGAGACUGUCCACACUAAGCUGCUGGGUUCAGAAAAAUCAUCAGAGUCAGUAGAUCGGUUGCUCUUGGAGCGCUUUAGGAAGCUUUCCCGUUAUCCAGAAGCCUUCAGCUCUGUUCAGUAUUGGGGCACGCAAACUCUCAGUCCCCCUACAGACUUCCGUGGCUUGCAGAAUAAAAUGGAGCAGCUCCUAAACAACAGCGCUACCCGCUCCCCACGCACUCCCUUGGUCAUCUUCAAAGCGCUUCAGGCACUGAGUGAGCGCUUCAAUGGGGAAAUCUCAGGCGAGCCAGCAGCACACAGCUGCUUCUUCCCUGACGAGUACUUCACCUGCUCCAGCCACUGCCUCAGCUGCAGGUCUAAAUGCAAGAAUAGUAUGAACCACCUAGGAGAAGGAGGCCGCCAUGAUCCGAAGCAGCGGUGCUGUUACUCAUCUCUGUAUGACAAUCGCAUUUACACCUGUAAGGCUUGUUAUGAAGGAGGAAAGGAAGUAAUAGUUGUCCCAAAGACCUCUGCAUCAUCAGACUCACCCUGGAUGGGUCUUGCCAGAUUUGCCUGGUCUGGGUAUGUUAUUGAGUGCCCUAACUGCGGAGUGAUCUAUCGGAGCCGUCAGUACUGGUAUGGAAAUCAGGACCCCGUGGACACAGUUGUCCGCACUGAGAUCCACCACAUUUGGCCAGGGGCUGAUGGCUUUUUAAAAGACAACAGCAAUGCUGCACAGCGGCUUCUGGAUGGAGUCAACCUAGUGGCCCAGUCCAUGUCAGAGCUCAGUGUCAAACCUGCCAAGACUGUCACCUCUUGGCUGACAGAUCAGAUCGCCCCAGCCUACUGGAAACCCAACUCCCUCAUCUUGAUGUGCCGCAAGUGUCGUGCAGUCUUCCAGGAUAAUGACACCAAGCAUCACUGCCGUGCCUGCGGGGAGGGUUUCUGUGAUGGCUGUUCUUCCAAAGCUGCGCCCGUCCCUGAGAGAGGCUGGGGUCCUGCCCCUGUCAGAGUCUGUGAUAUCUGCUUCGAGCAGAGAGCCUCAUACGCAGAAAUACUUGCAUCAGAGCUCGAGGAGGAGGAAGGUAGUAAUCUUGCUAGGAAAGUUGGUGAAGCGGUUACCAACACCUUAGGAGUUGUGGUCACUGCUAUAGAUAUCCCUCUUGGCUUAGUGAAAGACGCAGCCCGUCCUGCCUAUUGGGUCCCUGACCAGGACAUCCUAUCAUGCCACAACUGCCAGCGUGAGUUCACUGCCAAGCUGUCCAAGCACCACUGCCGUGCCUGUGGCCAAGGAGUGUGUGACGAAUGCUCCCCCGAGCGCCGACCAGUCCCUUCGCGUGGCUGGGACCACCCUGUGCGUGUGUGCGCCGGCUGCAACCAGAAACCCGGAGAACUUUAAUUUAGGGGGCUUUCCUUCCUCAGAGCACCAGAGAUGAUAGUGCACUCAGCAAGCAGUCUGUCGCUGCUGAAGUAUACCUCUUGUACUCUAAUGGUUCUGUCUCGCGUCUGUGGAAAGGAAAUCUUAGGGGAUACUUAAAAUAUUUAGUUGAUUAGGGGUUCCGAGUUUGCGUGGCCUUUGUAGAACAGCCAGAAGAUUGGGUUUCUUGACUGAAUCCUAACCCCCACCAGUUUCACUCAAAUUAUUCAUGGACUCAGCAUUUUGGUUAUUAUGGACACAAAU